GUGUGUACACUGUAGCCUACCGAGCAGACCGGAGUAAGACUUUCUCUCCUGAAGAGAUCCGUUCAAACAUGGUUCCUCCCGUUCAAGUCUCCCCGCUUAUCAAGACAGCAAGAUGGUCAGCCUUGCUAAUUGGAUUAAUUUAUGGGAAGCAGAGAUAUGAUUAUCUGAAGCCCAUUGCUGCUGAAGAAAGGAGGAUUGAGGAGGAAGAGAAGAAACUCAGGGAAGAGCAAGAGCGCAUUUACAAACAGCUUUCUGAAGGUCUGUAAUCUCUCUCUAUACACCAUUCUGAAGUAAAUCUCCAUGAUGUAUCCAUUCCAGCACCAAAUGAUAUGAAUCAUAAUAAACCUUUUUUAUUUUCAAUAAAGACAGAAGGUAAAAAAA